AGGGGAGAAAGAAAAAAGUAGUGAGUUUUAUUUUAUCAGCAUAAAUAUCCAGAUUAACGACGACCAGAUGGUAUGACUGCUUUCAAUGUGCUGUUCAUAUUAUUAAUAAGGUGUUGGAUUCUGGAGCAUAAAAUUUCAUGCAUUUUUUUUUCCCAUCACGGCAUUACUGAUGAAACUCACACCGCCACGAGUUUCAUGAAAGCUUAACAUAAUGGCAUUGGAUGAUAACAAGUCGUACAGUCACGCCACAGUAUUACGUAAAGGCAGACUGAUGCCACACGGUCGCUGUCACUCAGGAACUGUAGAGAGUACUCACCUUCAUUUCGCGUACUGGAAUGCAGUUAGGGAAUUUUUUGUUCACAACUCAGAAUCCAAGAAAAUAUUCCUUCGCAUGAAAGUUCAAUAUCUGUCCCCCCCCACCAUUUCUCUCUCUCUCUCUCUCUCUCUCUCUCUCUCUCUCUCCUCUCUCUCUCUCUCUCUCUCUCUCUCUCUCUCUCUCUCUCUCUCUUUCAGUUGUCCUGUGUACUUUUUUUCUCGGAGGUAAGAAUUGUAGAACAUAAAUUUCAAACGCCCAGACAAACGUGUGUGUGUGUGUGUGUGUGUGUGUGUGCGUAUAUAUAUAUAUAUAUAUAUAUAUAUAUAUAUAUAUAUAUAUAUAUAUAUAUAUAUAUAUAUAUAUAUAUUGGAAUAUGCAUACAUAUUAAAGGAUCAGCAUUGGAGACUUUCGAAUUAAUGAGACGAGCAAUAACUGUGCCUAGUAUCCUCUCAGACCCCACAAAGAAGGGACUUGUCAACAUUUCUAGAUUUAUGUAGAUAUCACACACACACACACACACACACACACACACACAAAAAAAAAAAAAAAAGAAAAGAAAAGAAAAGGCUAAGAUUUCGAAUAUAAAUUCUUCCCACCAAUUUGAAUAUCUAUGACAAAGGCUUUCAUUGUAAAGUAUUUUCAUAAUGUUUCAAAUGACUAAUCUAUAAAUGUUAACUCAUUAACACUGUAAUAUGCAAUCAUGCCGACACAUUUUAAACAAAUUUUUAAAUGUAACACAAGAUGGCAAUCCAUGUAUUUCAGUAAGGAGAAGAAAUUUUGAUUAGUGUGAACAUAAAGCAGGAAACUGUUACAUGAUAGUUGUGAUCAAGACAAAUACUCGUAACUCUCUGGUAGCUACUUAUUUACGAAAACACCUGUCUACUCUGGUUUCUACGUUUAUUAAACUAGUCAUUUACGAAAAUACCUCUCUACUCUCGUCUCUGCAAUGAUCAAUAAUUUGCAAAUGACUUCUCUUUAUGUUAAUAUAUUUUAUUUAUGGCUCACAUUUCUGUUGUUAAAAAAAAAAAGCUUUCUGUAAUGUAAGUUCAAGUAUAACUUGCCAAAACAUUAAUUCAUUUAGUUUUGAAAUAUCUUGCUCGAAAUUUCGUCUACGUUAAAUCCUAAUUUGUGAAAAUCGUGCUCAUGUUGAGUGAAGUGCAGCAAAUAACCACCAGCAUAACGAGGGAAAUCCCACCACCUGGUCUGUGACAAAUGCCGGAUCUGUUGACGGGCUCACACUCUUACGUUCAGGUAGAUCCCCGUUUCCCCUGUCAUCGUUCUUGCCAUUGGUGUAGCAAAUGUCUUGUUUUUACAACUUGGCAGAGAAGUCCCCGACUAUAGGUAUUUUUUUUUAACACAGUAUUGUUCGGUCUUUGCUAUUGUGGAAGGAGAGACCGCAGGACAGCACCACGCAACACGACUAUAGUUCUCAGUCACCAAAGGGAGGGUGGGUGGUGAGGAGAUGUUGAUUGCGUAAUGCCUUGGGAGGCUGAGUUGCCAGGGUACUGUAGAUUUAUUUAGAAUUUAGAAGCGUUAGCUUUCUUUUGUAUGUCAAAUAAACGAUCUUCCAGUACUUCUCAAAUGUUCCGUGUAAAAAUUUACAAGAUCAUAUCUGUGUCAAGCAUAUUAGCCUUGUGUUCCGUGGUUGUAUUGAUUCUGGAUGAGAAGGCACCCAGUAAGGUUAUGAGCUGUGAUGUUGUCAAUAAGUGUGUAAAAUUGCUCACAAGACGAAAAAAUAAAAAUAUAUGUGUGGCAUACACA